AAGGAAUCGAAUAAUGCUGCCGUCCCACCUCAUCAUCCAUCUGAAUUUCUUUUUACGCCUCUCACCCUUUCUGAAUUUGUUUAUGUUUUUUUUUUCAAGCGAAUCAUACACUCAUACAUACCUAUCGGAAAACAAGAUUAGGAUGGGUCGCUGUCGGGCGGGCCCCACGGUUCGAUCCCUCCACGACCACGAUCCCGUCGGUCGCCACCCGCUCCAAUUUGAAAACUGGUUUCUUCGCCUUCUUCCCUGAGGUUCCUCUCCUGCCCCGCUCUCUGAUUUGCUGCUCCUGCUCCUCCUCGGUCGGCGCGCACUCGCCAAUCGUCAUGGCUUCUUCCGAGGGGAGAAAAAGGAGGAUCGUCGACUACCUCAACGACGGCGAGGAGCUCGGGGUCGAGGGGGCGGUGGGGACGCCGCCGCGCUCUCCGGCGGCGGCUGCGAGGUCGGUGCUGCCGAGGUUCAGGUGGGCGCGGCUGGUCAGGCUCGGGAGGAAAGGCGGCAGUGGGGAGGGGAAGGAGGAGGUGGAGGAGGUCGUGGUGGAGAAGGGCGAGCACCCGCCCGUGGCCGUUUCCACCUCAGGCGAAUCCGCAACCGCAAGCGACACGAGGCAUUCCGGCCUCGGCGUCGGGUUAAGCCUCGUGUUCCUCCUGGCCAAGACGUCCGACGAGUUCAACAAGAUGGUCAAGGUGCGCACAGAGAUGGAGGCGCUCCUGAAGGAGAUCAAACACCAAGUCGGGGAACACAACAGUAGCAAUGGCCAUGACGUAUCGAAACCUCGCAAUCCCGAGUCCACGACGUCUAGCUGUGUCACCGACAGGAACGAGCACAGCGUGAGUGGUAAUCAGGAGGAUCAGGCCGCCUCGUCCGGCAUGGAGGUGGCGAGCUACGAGAAAUCGUCCGAGGAUGGUGGAUGCUGCGGCAGGAUGGACGUGCUCGAGGAGGAGUUCCAUGCCGAACUGGAGCGGCUUCAGGCUAACAGCGGUUCAGAGACCCCGUCAUUUCUGCCCGAAGAAGAAGAACACGAUUCAGAGCCUUCGGAUGAUAUCGCUGAUUACCGGCAUGGAGUUGACGACGAUUUGGGGGAAGUUGCCGUGAACGAAGAAGACAACGAUGAUGAUGAGACUGAAUUCAAUGGAGUUUCUGCCAUUGAGCUAGAGAGAAGGCUCCACGAACUUCUCCAUGAAAGAAAUCGGGACCGGAUCGAGGAGUUGGAAGCCGCGCUGCGGUGCGCGGAGAAGAAGCUCGUCGAGAAAGAAAUGGAGAUCUGCUUGUGGAAGGACACGGCUAAAUUCGCGUUGAGACAAGACAAUGAGCUGCAAUGAGGAAAUUGUGAGUUGGCGCACUUUUCGUGCCCAAUGCAUCGAUUGUACAUGAUCACAAGAAAAGGAGAAGUUUAGGAAGAUUGCAUGAAUGGGCAAACACUAGAGUUUGCUUGCCAUGGUCAAUAGCAGAAUUGAUCUUUUGUGGAAUAUUUUACGGGAGAUAUAGUGUCGCUCUUCAUACCAAAGUUUAGUGAUUUAGUCUUAGCUUCUUAGAUUACCAGAGCACGUUUCGGAUUUGGGUAAAGUCAGUUCUGUACUCCCGCGGUUAGUCUGACUGAUGUACGGAUUCCUUACGAUAUUUGCCUAGACGUUUCUGCGUAUGUGGAUAUGAGCAUGUCUUGGAUCAUAUGUGGAUUCCGAACUGGUGUGGUGUUUCAAUAUUUUUGUUGCC